AUGGCUCGAAGCAGGAAGACGCCCAAGGUGCCAGGAUUAAUACUGGCAGACCCCAAGCACGAUUUCAAUUCCGAUUCAAAAUCCAAGUCCAAGAAGUCCAAGAAGUCCAAAUCCAAGUCCAAGUCCAAGCCCACGGUUGAAGAACCUACUGCCACAGAUGCCCACCCUCCGGCCCCAGUCGUAGAGCCUCCUGUUUCACAAGAACCCACGGAUUCAUCUGCGCCUGAGACUAUAUCUCGUGAAGACGCCAGGACAGCUAAGAACAAGACGUCCAGCAAUAAACCCCUUUACUUCUAUCGCGAGUCUCACCCUCGCACCGGGUUCCUGUCUCAGUGGUUCACAGAGCCCUUUUACGACCCUACGGAUCAGUAUCGCAACACUUACUAUACAGCUGAGCACUUUAUGAUGUACAAAAAGGCCAUGCUGUUCAAGGACGCAAACACGGCAGCCGAGAUCCUCGCGGCCAGCACGCCAAAGGAGGCCAAGAACCUCGGACGGGCCGUCCAGGGAUUCGACGAGGAGGUCUGGGUCGCCAACAGGGAGAAAAUCGUGCGUCGGGCCAAUUACUGCAAGUUUACAUUUCCUCAUGGCGGUGACGAUAGCUUUGGCCCGCCGGUACGGCAUUGGCAUCUCGGCGCAAAUUUAGACGCCGAGACGAUACGCGCGCCUAGCUUCAGAGCUGCACUGCUGCGGACGGGCGACCGACACCUGAUAGAGGCGAGCCCGUUCGAUCGGAUUUGGGGUAUUGGCUUUAGGGAAGCAGAUGCCGAGUCUAAUCGUGAACACUGGGGUGAAAACUUGCUGGGGAAAGCACUGAUGGCUGUACGUCAGAAUUUCAAGGACGAAGAAGCAUUGGUCAGUUGA